UGUAAACAGAUGAUUUGAAAUUAAUUGUUUUCUUUUCAACCAAAUUAACUUUUUAAUUAAUUAUUCUGGUUUUUAAUUUUCACUUAAUAAUAAAUUCAGUAUGUAUCAAGAUUGUAUUCUGAUCCUUUUUAUAUCCAUUUUCACUGCUCUUCUAGGUGAAGCUCUUACCUGGCUUAUGGUUUACCGAACUGAGAAGUUUAAAAAAUUGAAAGGUGAAGUUGAACGACAGUGUAAAAGAUUGGAAAAGAAGAAGGAGAUUAUCGGUGAAUCAAGUGAUAAACAACAGAAAAAGAAAUUGGAACGUGAAGAGGAAAAAUUAAAGAAUCAUAAUCGUGACCUUUCACUUGUCAAAAUGAAAUCCAUGUUCGCUAUUGGUUUGGCCUUCACGGCUCUUCUUAGUAUGUUUAAUUCAAUUUUCGAUGGACGGAUUGUCGCAAAGUUACCAUUCGAACCAAUUUCAUUGAUCCAAGGAUUGUCUCAUCGGAAUAUUUCUGGAAAUGAUUACACUGAUUGUUCUUUCAUUUUUUUGUACAUUUUGUGUACCAUGUCAAUACGACAGAAUAUUCAAAAAAUUUUAGGAUUCGCUCCAUCGAGAGCCGCAAGUAAACAAACUGCUAAUAUUUUCGGUACAGUCAAUACAACUCGAUGAUUUAGUAAAUUAACUAGGAUAGAAUAAGCAAUUAUAUCCAAUAAAUAAUUUAAAUUUUUCUAUCAACCAAUUGAAGACAAUUGACUUGACAAUGUUUUCGUCAAACUAAUAUUGUCAUUUUCAUUUGAAAUUUGAGCUUACAUUUGGUUUAUCAAGGAGAAAUGAAAGAUUCGUUAAUUUUAUUGGAUUAAAGAAUCAAAUCUUCAUAGA